AUGGAGAGUUGCUUGUACGAGGCCCCGCCAGUCCCUCAGGCCAUCAAGAAAAAGUGCGAGACCCUCAUGCUCGAGAACCAACAAUACCGAGAGCUGUUUAGCGCCAUCCACGACAGACCAGAUUAUGAGGCCCAAGAGAUCUAUAAUCGUAUUAGAAAAUCAAAUGAACCCCUCAGUGUCCUCGAGGCUAUAAAACAAGCCGAGGUGCUUCUGCCAGACCCUGUCCGCAGACAGAGCGGAGGAACAUCGCAGGGAAGCCAGCAAAGUCUGCACCAUACGAGUUCUGUUCGGACUCAAGACAGUGACCGUUCGUGA